AUGGCUGAAAACAGUUUCACAGUUCUCUAUUUUGCUGCUGCACGAACCGAAACUGGCGUUCACAAGGAGGUGAUCCCAUUACCCCCCAGUUCUCCCGGUAUACCCCUUUCUCAACUCGCAGACCUUCUCGUCGACAGACACCCGGACACUAAACUCCGGGAAGUUUUGGAUAUUAGCUCGUGGAGUGUGAACGAGGAGAUGGUCGAUGACGAUCAGGCUCAUCAUGUCGUUCUCAAGGGCGGAGAGGAGGUUGGGGUUAUAUGCCCGGUUUCUGGAGGCUGA